ACACUUCCAACAUACGGCUUCCCCCAGCACCUGUACCAAGAAGACUACGUCGAUAAUGAAGGCAGCACUUCUAUCACCUUUACACUGCCGGAGAAAGUCGGAGUCCUGGCAUCAGCUCUCAAGAUUUUUGAGCAACACGGAGUGAACCUGCACCACAUUGAGUCACGACCUGCCCGCCAUGACCACAAGCACUUUGAGUUCUUCAUCGCCUGUGACAACCAAACAGGGGGAUUGAAG